AGAUGUUCCCGCCCAGGGUGGCCGUGUGGCUGGCUCUUUGGGGGGCCAGCAGCUGCCUCCUUGCAGUCUGGGCUUCCAGUCAGGACGAAGCGGCAUCGCAGGGGCUCUUGCAGAGGCCGGGGCCUCCUGGGGACUCGCUGUGUUCUGGCAUCGAACCAGCAGACCCGAGUUGCCCCCGUAGGAAAAAAGCCGCCACGCUGCUGCCCUCCUUUACCAAGACCACGACACCGUCCACCACCCGCCAUCCGAAGACCACGCACCAUCCCACGACACAUGCCGCUAAUCACACCACGCUGCCAGCCAAUCACACCACGCACCACCCCACCAAUCGUACCACCCCCUUUCACACCACAAGCCGUCCGGCCAAUCACACCACGCACCACCCCACCAAUCGUACCACCCCCUUUCACACCACAAGCCGUCCGGCCAAUCACACCACGCACCACCCCACCAAUCGUACCACCCCCUUUCACACCACAAGCCGUCCGGCCAAUCACACCACGCACCACCCCACCAAUCAUACCACCUCCGUUCUCACGACAAGGCCAGUCAACCACACCACGCCCCAUCCCCCCACCCCCCACCCCAGCAUCGUCACUACAGCCCCGUGGCCCACAGACUCACCCCUUGUGGCCGUGGGCGAUUACGUGGUCCGGAACGGGUCCGCCGCCUGCAUGCGGCUGGUAGCAGGCCUCCAGCUCCAAGUCCAGUACACCAGCAAGGCUAAGCAAUUGCUCUGGGGAAUGUUUGCGGUGCAGCCCAACCAUACCAACACCUCGGGGGGCUGCUCCAGCCAGGAGGCCACGCUCCGGCUGCGCUUUCCGGAGGGCUCCCUUGUCUUCGUCUUCAAAAAGAAUGAAACCAGAGGGACGUCUUACCUGAGCAGAGUCCAGGCCAACCUGACCUACCAGUUCAUGCAGGCAACAGAGAUGUCCUUUGGAGCAGACGCUUCCUCUCUCCAAGAGUUUGAGGCCUCCCUCGGGCACAGCUACCAGUGCCGAAACCGCACUUUGACCCUCGCUGGAGACUUUCGCCUUCAUGUCCUGAAUGAGCAAGUCCAGGCCUUUGAGCUGCAAGGUGGAAAAUUUGGGGAAGCGGAGGUCUGUAAGGAGCAGCGGCGUUCACUCCUCGUGCCCAUCGUCGUCAUCGUGAUCAUUGUCCUUCUCAUCGUCAUCGUCCUGGUGGCCUACGCGGUGGGACGGAGGCGGAGCCACGUGGGGUACGAAACCCUCUAAGGAGCCUCGGCCAGCGGGCACCAACCCGCGGAGCUUCCCCUGGGCCGAGGGGACAGCAAAGAACCGGAACUGUGCCCCUCUCUGGAUAACAUCAGGGAAUACCAGAACAAAGCUGGAGCCAACGGGCAGCUUGAACACCAACAAACGUUUUCCUGCAGGCGUAAGCUGCUUUGUGCACGCACCCUGCUACAGACUAAAUGAAAUGAAAAUCACCUUCCUUGUGGAACGCUGAAAGUCAUUAACUGAGCCCCUGCUCUCAGCAUUCCACAAUUAAGGCUAUAGCUGCCCAUCACUCUCCAAUUUUGACAUCUUUAUCUCCUGCGCUAGGCUUCCCCCCCCCCCACCCAAAUUAUACCCCAACAAAUGGUAACCACGUAAACUAAGAGAGCCAUUGAGAUGAGUUUGAAGAUUACUGGGUGGCUUUGGCAGAACUGAGUAACUUCGUAAACUAAGAGAGCCAGUUUGGUGUAGUGGUGAAGUGUGCGGACUCUUAUCUGGCAGAACUGGGUUUGAUCCCCCACUCCUCCACUUGCAGCUGCUGGAAUGGCCUUGGGUCAGCCGUAGCUCUGGCAGAGGUUGUCCUUGAAAGGGCAGCUGCUGUGAGAGCCCUCUCAGCCUCACCCACCUCACAGGGUGUCUGUUGUGGGGGAGGAAGGGAAAGAAGAUUGUAGACUGCUCUGAGACUCUGUCCUUGAAACGGCAGCUGCUGGGAGAGCCCUCUCCAGCCCCACCCACCUCACAGGGUGUCUGUUGUGGGGGAGGAAGGGAAAGGAGAUUGUGAGCAGCUCUGAGACUCUUUGGAGUGGAGGGCGGGAUAUAAAUCCAAUAACAUCAUCUUCUUGUUAUUCCUGUUAUGUCACUGAAUCUAUUAAACAUCUUCAUCAUACUGUA